AUGGCGUCGCAAUCCAGUGACAAUGAAAAUCAACGUUAUGAAAUAGUUGAACGUGGUCAAUUACAUACACUUAAUUAUCGUUGUUAUUUUCGAGAUGUUCAAACAAAAACAAUUGUUUCACCAUUUCAUGAUGUUCCACUUGUUAAUGAACAUUAUACUCGUUCAACUGGAAAUCAAACAGAUAUGAUUUAUAACAUGAUUGUUGAAGUACCACGAUGGACCAAUGCUAAAAUGGAAAUAAAUAAACAACUUAAAAUGAAUCCAAUUGUUCAAGAUGUUAAGAGUGGUAAACCUCGUUUUGUUCAUAAUGUGUUUCCUUAUCAUGGUUAUUUAUGGAAUUAUGGUGCAUUACCUCAAACAUGGGAAGAUCCAAAUCAUGUUGAUGAAGAUACGAAAACAACAGGUGAUAAUGAUCCAUUAGAUGUAUGUGAAAUAGGUACUGAUCUUCAUGUAACUGGUUCAAUUGUACCUGUUAAAAUAGUUGGUGUACUUGGUUUAAUUGAUGAAGGUGAAACAGAUUGGAAAUUAAUUGGUAUUGAUAUUCGUGAUAAGCUUGCAUCACAAAUUAAUGAUAUUGAUGAUGUUGAUAAACAUCUUCCAGGUUUACUUGAGCACACACGUCGUUGGUUUAAAGAUUAUAAAAUCCCAACUGGAAAACCUCCAAAUAAAUUUGCCCUUGAUGGAAAAUAUGCUAAUCGUGAAUAUGCACAACGUGUUAUAAACGAAACACGAAAAUAUUGGGAAAAAUUAGCAAGUGGUGAAACAAAAGUAGAAGAAAAAGUUUGUUCCGUUGCAAAUACAACACUUAAGAAUGCUUCUACAAUCAAAAAAGAAGAUGCAGAUAAAAUUGUUCAAGCUAAUGAAAACCAUCAAAAAGAGCCAGUCAAACUUGAUGCAAGUGUUCAUCAAGUUUCUUAUGUUCGAGAUGAACAAGAAUGA